UACAGUGUUUAAGUGAUUUUAAUGGACUAUUAUACAAUUCAAUCAUUAUAUAGGCGUGGUUGUGUUCAAUUAAUGAUAUUAUUGAACGUCGGACGUCAAUAAUAUAACAGAUAAAUGUUAUACGUGUAGAAAAUGUACUUAUAGCGACGUUUAAAGUAAAUUGAGCCAUUGUAAUGGCAGAGUGUCCGAUAGCCCAGAUCAACGAAGACGACGAGGACACCCAAGAUAGAGUCAGAAUUGAACUGCAAGGGUAUUUGAAUAAGUGGACCAACUUUUUACACGGCUGGCAAAAACGAUAUUUCGUAUUGAAAAACGGCACUUUGUUGUACUUCAAAUCACAAUCGGAAACUGAGUGUGGAUGUCGCGGUGCAAUAAGUCUAUUAAAAGCAACUGUCAAGGUGCACGAAGUAGACGAUUGCCGUUUUGAUGUGUCGCUAAACGAUUGUGCUUGGUAUUUGCGUGCUGACUCAUCAGCAACUAAAAAUCAUUGGAUCGAUGUCAUAGAUUCACUAAAAGCUGAAUCUGGAUACGGCAGUGAAAAUAACCUGAAACGCAAUGGCAGUUCACUUUCUAUAUUAUCGAGUAAUAUGUCAACCAUGUCACCGGUGUUUAAAAAAAAUAAGGGUUUACAAGAUAAACUCAAUGAACUUGUAGCAUUUAGAGGUAUUCUUAUCAACCAGAUUGAUCGACUUCAAAUGUAUUUUGAUACAUGUUUAGCAGAAUUUGCCUCUUCAAAUGAAGGUGUAUCAAAAAAUGAAGCCUAUCAAAAAUAUACUUGUGAAGCUUUAGAUUUUAAAGGUGAAGCAGUAGCAUUUAAAGCAACAUCAUCUGGAAUUUUAGAAAUUUUAAAACAUUGUAUUGAAGUUAUGAAUCAAAGAGAGACAGCGUGGGAAUCUAUGUUGGAGAAAGAAAUAAACAACCGGAAAGAUUUAGAAGAAGUAGUGCGAACAUUAUCUCUAGUUGAUGGGCUCACAGAUCAGGAAAGAGCCCAAGUACUUGCUGGAGCUGAUUUAACUGAACAUUCAACUUUGGCUGAAGAUGAAUUUUAUGACGCUGUUGAAUCAUCUAAUGAUAACUCUGCUGAGGAUGCCAAACAAAGAAAAGAUCAGUUAUUACAAUGCACUAAAAAUAAUGCUCAAACAACUCAGACCAAUUGGGGUGAACUGAUUAGAGCUGCUGCUACAAAUGCUUCUUUGAAACAUACAUAUUGGCCUGAAAUUGAGCGGGUAGUUGCCGAACAAAUUAGAUCAGCUCGCAUGGGUCUUGGCAAAGGAGCUUGGCAAUUAUUUGUCGAAGAUGGAGAAAUGAAGAUGUAUCGGAGAGAAGUUGAAGAAGAUGGAUUAGUUGUCGAUCCUCUGAAAGCAACUCAUCAAGUGAAAGGAAUCACAGGUCGAGAAUUGUGUCAUUACUUUUUUUAUCCUGAAUACAGAUAUGAUUGGGAAGGUACAUUAGAAACAAUGAAUGUUGUUGAUAAAAUUGCUGAAGACACAAUAGUAUUCCAUCAGAUACACAAACGUAUUUGGCCAGCAGCGCAACGUGAUGCUACGUUUUGGUCACAUCUUACACAUGUUCCUGAUGAAGAGAAUAAGUCUGAAGACAGCCCUCAUAUAUGGGCAACUGUCAACAGUUCAGUAGAAUUGCCAUCACACCCUCCCAAUGGAGGUAAACAAGUUCGUAUUUAUCUGACUAUUAUUCUUAUGGGUCAAACAAUCAUAUCUCCUGCAGCAAAGGGUCGUGAGUUAAAACGAGAUGAUAUUACAUGCAAAAUUACCUAUUGUGCUGUUGUGAAUCCAGGCGGUUGGGCACCAUCUUCCGUUCUCAGGGCUGUGUACAAACGAGAAUAUCCAAAAUUCUUGAAACGUUUUACUGCUUAUGUGAUAGAAAAAACAAAAAACUUGCCCAUAAAACUUUGAAAUGAGAUAAUGAUCAUAUCAUUGAACUAUUUUGUUCUGCAAAUCGGUUGAAUUCUUUAUUUAUUUAUUUAUUGUUUUAUUACUAGUAAU